GAGAUCCGGAACCAAUGAUAUCGGUAGCGUGUUCUUAGGGGGACGUAUUUGCCAUUGCACUGUUGUCAAAAUUUGUCCAGUCGUACAUGUCGAAGCUGUCUGCUGAAUAAAUACAAUUUACAGAAUGACAGAUGGUCCAGAAACGCCGCCUAACUAUGAGGAGCAGUUUGCCCACCGGUUUUCUCUCGAGGACCCAGAGUACCAGCAGUACGUGAGUCGCCCCGCCAACCCCCCGCCACUGGUAGAGGACUGGUGCGGGCGUGAAGGUGGAAACAACCGGGGCAGAGACAACAGAUCCCAGGACCGUGGCGGGUACAGGGGCCGGGGUUGGGGAGGGGACAGGGACCGCGGAGGAGACAGGGACCGCGGAGGGGACAGGGACCGCGGAGGGGACAGGGACCGCGGAGGGGACAGGGACCGCGGAGGGGACAGGCGUUACGGCCAGGGUGGUGGUGGGCAUCAGUCUGGAAGAUACAACUCCUACAACCAGAGACCAUCACAUUACGACCGCUACUGAACUCCUCUUACUGUGGGAGUGACCCCGUUCACAUCACCCCAGGGCUCUCCAACCCUGUUCCUGGAGAGACCCUCUUGUAUGUUUAAAAUCCAACCCUGUUCCUGGAGAGCUACCCUCCUGUAUGUUUAA